CGGCCGGCCGGCACCGGCAGGGAGAACUAAGGGGAAGCAAAAGGCCGGCAGCAUCCGGACUCCCUAUUCGCUCCGUUCCUUUGGGGUCGCUCUGAAAGCGGACUCGGUCUCUGAGGGUGGCGCCUCCCCGCGAGGCAGAGCUGAGCUGGCUCCAGUAUUCUCGGGGGCUGAAGGGGCCGCUGUUUGGUCUCGCUCUGGCAUUUUGCUGAAAUGGCGCUGUAAUUUAAAAAACAACAGCAUUUAUACGUAAUCAAAGCUACUGCUGGAGCUGAUGUACCCAGCUUUUUGGCAGAGAUGGUUGACUGCUCAAUUGACCAGAUUGUCAAGCCUAGUCUGGACACCCAUAAAAGCAUCUGGAAACAAGAAAGAGGCAAUGAUAUCUUCUCCAUGGACCACCCAGUGACUUACAGAUCGAGUGAAACACUGCUUCUUGAAAUGGAGGGAAUGGAAGAAACAUCUGAAAGAAUUCUUUUAGAGCCUUACAAGUAUUUACUUCAACUGCCAGGUAAACAAGUGAGAACCAAACUGUCACAGGCCUUUAAUCACUGGCUGAAUGUUCCAGACGAUAAAAUACAGGUUAUUAUUGAAGUGACAGAGAUGUUGCACAAUGCCAGCUUACUCAUAGAUGACAUUGAAGAUAACUCAAAGCUACGACGGGGCUUUCCGGUGGCUCAUAGCAUCUAUGGAAUUCCAUCUGUAAUAAAUUCUGCUAAUUAUGUGUAUUUCCUUGGUCUGCAGAAGGUUUUAACACUUGAUCACCCAGAAGCUGUGAAAGUGUUCACUCGUCAGCUGCUGGAACUCCAUCAGGGCCAAGGUUUGGAUAUUUACUGGAGAGAUACAUACACCUGUCCUACAGAAGCAGAGUAUAAAGCCAUGGUACUGCAAAAGACAGGUGGUCUCUUUGGAUUAGCUGUGGGCCUCAUGCAGUUGUUCUCCAAUUAUAAAAGAGACUUAAAACCACUCCUUAAUACACUUGGGCUCUUCUUCCAAAUACGAGAUGACUAUGCUAAUUUACACUCCAAAGAAUAUAGUGAGAACAAGAGUUUUUGCGAAGAUUUAACUGAGGGCAAGUUCUCAUUCCCAACUAUUCAUGCUAUUUGGUCCAGACCUGAAAGCACUCAGGUGCAGAAUAUUUUGCGUCAAAGGACAGAAAAUGUAGAUAUAAAAAAAUACUGUGUACAUUACCUUGAGAAUGUAGGUUCCUUUGAGUACACUCGGCAAACGCUGCAAAAGCUUGAAUCUGAAGCAUAUAAACAGAUUGAGUCACUUGGGGGAAACCCUGAACUUGUAGCACUAGUUGAACACUUAAGCAAAAUGUUCAAAGAAAAUGAAAAUUAACUAAUUGAUUUGACUUGUGGUUUGGGGAGGGAAACUUUAAAACCAGAAUGUAUUAACUAGACUUUCGUACUAAAUCGAUGUAAAGAAAAGUGUAAAAAUGAUGUUUAUUUAAAAUUACUUAUAGAAACUGCUAUAUUAGAUAUUGUGUAAGUAGUAAUUGAAGGGUAUUUGUAUGCACCACAAAUUCUCUGCAGCUUUAAUUACAACUGCUUACAAAAUAUUGCAUAGAGAAAUAAACUUGCAUAGAUCUGUUAAGGUAAAAUUGUUAAUUUUAGUUUUUCAUGUGAAUCUUUCAGUUGUAAUCUCCACUGCACAGUCAUUGGUGUUUAUUUUAGCUAUAGAGUUUGUGCCCUCUAAGAACACUGCAGGUUUUAAUCUGGUUGAGAUAGGAUUGACUAAAUUUCCAUAUUAAAUUGAAUUUGCUCUGUU